GAAAUUGAAAAUAUAUGAAUCAAAAUCCUUAGAUUCUUGAUACAAUUGUAAUAUAUUAAAUAUACAUUUCAGACUAACUAAGAUGUCAUGUAAAAUACAUAAAAUCAAUUUGUUAAUCAACCAAAAAUAAAUGAGGAAUAAGUUAAUUAGUAAGGAUUUUAAAGAUUUCCAAUUCCCAAUUAGAUUAACAACAAUCAAUUUAAAACACCUCCAUUUGUAGCGCAAUAUAAUUAAUUAUAGUUUGUAUAAGGAAUGCCACCUAAUUUGCCAUAAGGAAUGCCACCUAAUAUGCCAUAAGGAAUGCCACCUAAUAUGCCAUAAGGAAUGCCACCUAAUAUGCCAUAAGGAAUGCCACCUAAUAUGCCAUAAGGAAUGCCACCUAAUAUGCCAUAAGGAAUGCCACCUAAUAUGCCAUAAGGAAUGCCACCUAAUAUGCCAUAAGGAAUGCCACCUAAUAUGCCAUAAGGAAUGCCACCUAAUAUGCCAUAAGGAAUGCCACCUAAUAUGCCAUAAGGAAUGCCACCUAAUAUGCCAUAAGGAAUGCCACCUAAUAUGCCAUAAGGAAUGCCACCUAAUAUGCCAUAAGGAAUGCCACCUAAUAUGCCAUAAGGAAUGCCACCUAAUAUGCCAUAAGGAAUGCCACCUAAUAUGCCAUAAGGAAUGCCACCUAAUAUGCCAUAAGGAAUGCCACCUAAUAUGCCAUAAGGAAUGCCACCUAAUAUGCCAUAAGGAAUGCCACCUAAUAUGCCAUAAGGAAUGCCACCUAAUAUGCCAUAAGGAAUGCCACCUAAUAUGCCAUAAGGAAUGCCACCUAAUAUGCCAUAAGGAAUGCCACCUAAUAUGCCAUAAGGAAUGCCACCUAAUAUGCCAUAAGGAAUGCCACCUAAUAUGCCAUAAGGAAUGCCACCUAAUAUGCCAUAAGGAAUGCCACCUAAUAUGCCAUAAGGAAUGCCACCUAAUAUGCCAUAAGGAAUGCCACCUAAUAUGCCAUAAGGAAUGCCACCUAAUAUGCCAUAAGGAAUGCCACCUAAUAUGCCAUAAGGAAUGCCACCUAAUAUGCCAUAAGGAAUGCCACCUAAUAUGCCAUAAGGAAUGCCACCUAAUAUGCCAUAAGGAAUGCCACCUAAUAUGCCAUAAGGAAUGCCACCUAAUAUACCAUAAGGAAUGCCACCUAAUUUGCCAUAAGGAAUGCCAGGAAUGCUACCAGGAAUGCAAUAAGGAAUGCCAGGAAUGCCAGGAAUGCUACCAGGAUUGCAAUAAGGAAUGCCAGGAAUGAUACCAGGAAUGCAAUAAGGAAUGUAAUAAGGAAUGGUUCCUCCAUAAAUUUUUAAUUCUAUAAAUUCUCUAAAUUCAAUUGGUUAAUUUCCUCAACCUCAGUUCAAUCAAAAUUUAGCUAAAAAUUAGGAUGAAAACUAAAAAUAAUAAUUAGAUAAAUUAAAGAAAGAAAUAGAGAAAUUAACAAAUGAAAUAGAGGGACUUAACGAGGAGAAAUAAAAAAUUGAAAAUGAUUCCAAAAAAAAGAAUUCAGAAAAUAAUGAUUUAAAAUAAUAACUAGAAUAAUUAACAAGCAAAUUAGAAGAUUCUUAAAGAAAGUACGAUUAGAAUGAUAAAUAAUUAAAAGGAACUAUAAUUAAUUUAGAAUAAAAAAUUAAGUAUGAAAUGGAAUAGUAGGAGCAUUAUAAAAAUCAAUAUAAGGAUAGUGAAGUUACAAUAAAAAAAUUAAAUACAGAGAUAUAAAAUUUGAAGACGGAACUAAAAAAUUUAAAAGAAACUAAUGAAAAUGCUACAAAAAAAAUAUAUUAAUAUAACUAAUAAAACGAUGAAGCGCAAAAUUAAAAAAAAAAAAUUUAAGAUUAUUAAAAUUAGAUAAAACAAAAAGAUGAUAAAAUUGCAGAACAAAAUCUAACGAUUGAAAAUUUAAAAUAAGUCAAAGCCCAAUAAAAUCAAGAUUAAUAGGUUGUAUCAAGGUUAUAGCAACAAUUAUCUGAACUUAAUCAAAAAAUAAAUGAUUUAUCCUAAGAAAAUAAGCAUUUAUAAGGCUAGAAAAAUAAUUUUGAAAAUGAUUACAAAAACAUAUAGAAUGAGCUUGAAAUUCUUUAAAUUGAGAUUAAAAAGUAUUAAAGAAAUGAAGAAUUCUUAAAAGAAUCUCUAUAAUAAGCUUACUUAUAAUUAGAAAAUAAUUCUAAAAAUUUGUCAAAAGAUUAGGCAAAAGAAUAUGAAGAUUAAUUACGUAAAAUUAAAGAAAGUAGAGAAAAUGAUAAUAAAAUAGUUUUGGAAAAUUUCGCCAUAGAAAAAAACAGAAUUUUAUAAAAACAGCAAGAGGAUAUAUAAAAAUAAAAGUAAUUAAAUAAUCUCGGUAAAUAAAAAAUGAAUGAAUUUGCAAGAAAGGCUAGUUCAAUAUAAUGUUGCUUUUUGAUAGAUUUAAUAAAGUAAUAUUAAUUAAUUUAUAUAUUUAGAUCAAGUGAGAAAAUAGGAAAUGCUAUAAUAAAAGCUGCAGAAACAUGUUGUACAUUAAUUAAAAAGACAACAAAUAGAGAAUCAUAUUGGGGGGCAGUUUGCUAUGGUUAUAAUAAAAAAGAGUUUAAUCUUUAAAAUCAAUAAUUUUCAAACUCACCUGAUAUUUUAUCAGGGUUUUUAAAAAGAUAAAAAUUAUUAAAGGAUCCAAAAGAUUAGCCAGAAGAUUUAAAGUCGGCUUUAUAAAAUAUGCUCACUUUAAAUUGGUCUGAAAAAUACAAACUCGCUAUAGUUAUAGCUAAUUCACCCUGUCAUGGAAAAAGAUAUCAUAAUCCUAAAAAAUAUUUUAAGUAUUUUUUUUUUAAAAAUGAUUAUGAUAUAAAGCCUAAUGAUGAUAUGGAAGAGAUAAUCAAGGAAAUAAUUAAAAGGGAUAUUAUACUUUUAGUUAUAAGAUUUAAUGAUGAAACAAAAGUGAUGUGCAAUGAAUUAGAAAAAACAUAUGCCAAACUUAAAUAUCCUUAGCUAUUUUUUACUCUUUCAGUAAAAGGCCUUGAUUAAAAAAAUUCUGAAUUCGAACUUAUCUAACAAAUUUAGAAAAUGGCUGCCUUUAUCAUAGGAACUGAUAACAAAACGACAAGAACUAAAAUAAAUUAAUAGGUUAGAAUGUAAAAUUUUGAAGAAGGUUAAAAAGAUAUGAAAAAUUUAAAAGAGGAAGUUUAUAAUUUAAAUAAUGAAAUGCAAAAAGAAAUUUAAAAUAAAGGAGAGCAAUAAGAAAAAUAAAUUUCAAUAAAUUUACUUCAGGAUGCAUAAGAAGAUAUAAAAUAAUAUGAAGCAGGUGUUGAAAAAUUAAGAGAAUGUAGUGAUGGUGCUUUAUAAGCCCUAUGUAAGAAAGGAGAUAUUUUCGAUUUCGACAAAAAAGCAAAAUGUUAAGAGUUUUCUUGCAAAGUUUAUAAAGUUGAGCUCAAAUAGGAAUCAUUUAAAAAAAAAAUAGAGACAAUUGAAUAAAUCUCAUAUAAAUCAGAUGAUUUCGAUUUAAAAUUUGAAAGUGAAUGGUAAUGUAUUAGAACUUAUAGUCCUUUUGCAUUUGGAAUGAUGAAAGCAGUCUAUUUGAUGAAAAAAAAAAAUAAUACAGAUGAAAUUUAUGUUGUUAAAAUUCCAAUUCAAUAAGGACCUUAUAAAUCUAAAGAAUAGGCAGUUAAUGAUUGCCGAUCACAUUUAAUUGCGAAAAGUUUAAUGAAAGAUUUUAUGGAAUAAGUCAGCAAUAACAAUAAAGGCAUAUAGAUAGUUUAAUAUACAGAUUUCUUAUUAUUAGAAGAGAAUGAACGUAUAUAAUUAAUUAUUUUUUAGAUAAAUAUUGGAUUGCAGAAAGAUUCUUUAAAGGAACUUUUGAAAAAUAUAAUAAUAAUGAUGGUUAUAUAAGUGAUGCUAAAACUGAGUUGAAUGCUAUUUCCUAGGCCUUCUCCUACUUUACUUAUUAGAAGAGCUCAUUUAACUACAUAGUUAAUGAUAUUUAGGGUGUUGGCAAUUACUUUACUGAUCCAGCUAUUAAUACAAUUAAAGGUAUAAUAUACGAAAAAGAAUUUAGGUAAUUUUGAUGAAACUGAUGUUGGAGAGGAUGGAAUUUCAAGUUAUUUAUCAACCCUAUAAAUGAGAAAAGGAAUAUGCGAAUAAUUAUUAAAAUCUAUAGACAUUGAAAUCGAUUGAUAAUGGUUUAAUUGAGAUUAAUUCAAAAUAUUAUAAGACAUAAUCUAAAUGCAAG